AUGGCUUCCUUUUGUGCAAUUGCAUCUGCAACCAAUUGCAUUCCAUAUUCUUCUUCCUUCUCUUCCAAUAAAUCUCCCCUUUCCAGUAACAGAAGAAAAAACCCUGCUAUAAAAUUUACAUGCAAAGCCAAAAAUGAUAACCACAAACCUGAAACCACCUCCAAAAAUGGCGAAAAUUCUCCGGGGAAGCUUGAUAGGAGGGAUGUUCUUCUCGGCUUAGGCGGGCUUUAUAGCACGAGUCUUGCUGUAAAUCCAAUGGCCUUAGCUAAGCCAGCGCUCCCUGACUUCAAAGAUUGCAUUGAUGCCACACAACCCAACGGAACGCCUAUCAACUGCUGCCCUCCGGCUGUCGCUAAUAUUCCGGAUUAUGUUCCUUCGGCCACCACUAUCCGCACUCGAAUGGCUGCUCAGUCAUUCACUGUUGAUUCAGAUUACUACAAUAAGUAUUCGUCAGCCAUUCAGAAAAUGAGGAACCUUUCUCUGACUGAUCCACGCAAUUUCACGCAACAAGCAAACGUCCAUUGCGCCUACUGCGAUGGAGGUUACACUCAGAAGGGAUAUCCAAAUCUGUUGUAUGAAAUCCACAAUUCUUGGAUGUUUUUCCCCUGGCAUAGAUGGUACUUGUAUUUUUUCGAGAAAAUUUGCCAAAAUUUGAUUGAUGAUGAUACUUUUACUUUACCAUUUUGGAACUGGGAUGCUCCGGAAGGAAUGCAAAUUCCACCAAUAUUCAAUUCUGGUGUCCAAUCACCUCUUUACAACUGCCUUCGCAACCCGGCCCACUUGCCACCGACGGUGGUCAACCUAGACUGGUCCAACGACGAUGUAACAGUACCACCAAACGUUCAGAUCAAGUACAAUCUUGCCACAAUGUAUAAACAAAUGAUUACCCAAUCAAAGACUCCAGCUGAUUUCUUCGGAAGUCCUUAUAGAGCCGGUGAUGAAACCCCCGAAAUCAAUACCGCUGGUCAAAUUGAGCAAACUCCUCAUAAUCACGUGCAUUCUUGGACCGGAACCAUAGUCGACCCUGACAAUCCAAUCGACAUGGGUGCCUUGUACUCUGCCGCCCGAGACCCAAUUUUCUAUGCUCACCAUGCAAAUAUCGAUAGGUUGUGGACCAUAAAGCUAAAUCAACUCAAGGGAACCAAUUUUACAGACCCUGAUUGGUUAAAUGCCUACUUCAUAUUUUACAAUGAGGAGGCAAAGCCUGUCAGAGUGAGAAUUCAAGAUUGUCUCGAUCCCACAAAACUUGGAUAUACAUAUGAAGACGUGCCCAUUCCAUGGAUCGAUGUGAGUACAAAGCCAAAACCUCGGGCAAAGGCAAAAACAUUGCCUUCUGCACCCGACCCUGCUCAAGUUUUCCCAAUAACAUUGGACAAACCCAUAAACGUGAUUGUUAAACGACCAAAGAAGUCGGGAAGUGGAUCGCCAGAGGAGAUACUUGUUAUUGAGGGAAUAGAAUACGAUAAAAAAAAUUAUGUUAAAUUCAAUGUGUACAUCAAUGAAGAUGACGUGAAUUCUAGUCAUCCAGACAAUACUGAGUUUUUGGGGAGCUUCAGCAAUUUGCCCCAUGGACACCGGAUGAAUGUGAAAACAAAUAAAAAAUUUAGGAUUUCCGAAGUGUUGGAGGAAUUAGGAGCUCGGGAUUAUGACAAGGUACUUGUGACAUUGGUCCCGAAGAGUAAACCUGUGCGAAUAAAUGGUAUCAAGAUUGAGUUCGAUUCCUAG